GGACGGCGUCUGGAGCGAUCCUUUGUUUCCCGCCACCUUGCUCGUGUGAGUGAUUAUAUUAGCGAGAGUGUUGCCGUGGAUGCAGUCGUCGUGGGGUUCUUUUCAUCAGCUCGGUUUUAUUCCCCUUGCGGACGUGAUGCUGACACCUGCGCGGACCAGCCCUCUGUAGGCGCGACAGCCUCGCGUAGGCAGAAUUCCGAGGCGGGGUGCGCGCCGUGAAGGCGUCGGACGCGCGGCUCUCCUGUUGCUCAGAGGAGGCAGGGCCGGUGAUUUUCCACUGGCGAUCAUAUCUCCCUGGUCCCCCCUCGUUUGAGGAGACAAAGGUCAGAAAGAGGAGCUUAUAAAUAGGACAAUUUGGAGGCUCGCCGCGCGGUCAAGUCUCACUCGUGGAAACAAGAGGACAAAGAGGACAUUUUUAUUUCGGGACAGAAUCAUUGAGAAAUCACACCAGGACAGCAGAAAUGGCUCAGAAAGAGAAGCUCCAAUGCCUGAAGGACUUCCACAAGGACACGCUGAAGCCGUCUCCUGGUAAGAGCCCCGGCACGCGGCCUGAAGACGAAGCAGAGGGCAAACACCCCCAGAGGGAGAAGUGGGCCAGCAAGCUGGACUUUGUUCUGUCCGUGGCUGGUGGAUUUGUUGGUUUAGGGAACGUGUGGCGUUUCCCGUACCUCUGCUACAAGAAUGGUGGAGGUGCAUUCCUCAUCCCCUACUUCAUUUUCCUGUUUGGUGGCGGCCUUCCAGUCUUCUUCCUGGAGGUCGCCCUGGGCCAGUUCACUUCGGAGGGCGGCAUCACUUGCUGGGAGAAGCUGUGCCCCAUCUUCACCGGCAUCGGCUACGCCUCCAUUGUGAUCGUGUCCCUGCUGAAUAUUUACUACAUCGUCAUCCUGGCCUGGGGCCUCUACUACCUGUUCCAGUGUUUCCAGCCUGAGCUGCCGUGGGCCAAGUGCAACCAGCCCUGGAACACUGAGAGUUGCAUCGAGGACACGUACCGCAAGAACAAAAGCCUUCGGCUCCCUCUUAAUCCCUCCAAUUUAACCUCCCCUGUCACCGAGUUCUGGGAACACAAAGUGUUGGGCAUUUCCAGCGGCAUCGAGGAGAUUGGCCCCAUCAAGUGGGACCUGGCACUGUGCUUGCUGCUGGUCUGGGUCAUCUGCUUCUUUUGCAUCUGGAAGGGCGUCAAGUCUACUGGAAAGGUGGUCUACAUCACGGCCACCUUCCCCUUUGUAAUGCUCAUUGUCCUCCUGAUCCGUGGCGUGACCCUGCCUGGAGCCAGCGAGGGCAUCAAGUUCUACCUGUACCCCGACCUGGCUCGCCUGAAGGACCCGGAGGUGUGGAUUGACGCAGGCACCCAGAUCUUCUUCUCCUACGCCAUCUGUUUGGGCGCCAUGACGUCCUUGGGGAGUUACAACAAGUACAAAUACAACUGCUACAGGGACUGUUUGCUGCUGGGAGCCCUCAACAGUGGUACCAGUUUUGUGUCUGGCUUCGCAAUAUUUUCCGUCCUGGGCUUCAUGGCACAAGAGCAAGGGGUGGACAUUGCUGAUGUGGCAGAGUCAGGUCCUGGCCUUGCCUUCAUCGCUUACCCCAAAGCUGUAACCAUGAUGCCUUUCCCUACGCUCUGGGCUAUCCUCUUCUUCAUCAUGCUGCUGCUGCUAGGCCUCGACAGUCAGUUUGUGGAGGUGGAAGGGCAGAUCACAUCACUGGUGGAUCUGUAUCCGUCCUUCCUAAGGAAGGGUUACCGCAGAGAGAUCUUCAUCGCUAUCAUAUGCUGCAUCAGCUACCUGCUUGGACUCACCAUGGUUACCAAGGGUGGCAUGUAUGUGUUCCAGCUGUUUGACUACUAUGCAGCGAGCGGUGUGUGCCUUCUGUGGGUGGCAUUCUUUGAAUGUGUAGCUGUUGCCUGGGUUUAUGGCGUUGAUAACUUCUAUGAUGCUGUGGAGGACAUGAUUGGCUACAGACCAAACCCUUGGAUGAAGUGGAGCUGGUCUGUUAUCACUCCUUGCUUGUGUGUGAGCUGCUUCAUCUUCUCUCUGGUCAAAUACAAGCCGCUGACGUACAACAAGGUGUACGAAUAUCCUGACUGGGCCAUCGGAGUGGGCUGGACUUUGGCUCUCGCCUCCAUGAUCUGCAUCCCCAUGGUGGUGGUCAUCAAGAUCAUUCGAUCCGACGGGCCGCUCAUUGAGAGGAUCAAGGCGGUGGCCGCCCCCGUUCGCGGCGGGGCCAGUUCCCGCCCGGCUGACCACCGCAGCCCCCGAGACCUGGCCUACCCCGCCGACCCCAACGGGAACAAGGGAGCACUGAUGAUGGCCCCCAGCCACACCAUCGUAGAAACCAUGAUGUAAAAAAAAGCAAGCAGGAGAUGCUCUCCAUGAGAGCGUCUCCUCUCCUGCCGCUCUUCUCAACUAAAGCUAGCUAGCCUUCUGUUUCGCCGUCUGUCCGUCCUUGCGUCUGUCUGGUGGAAUGAAAAAGGGUUUCAAGGAAAACUAAAUCAAAUCUUGUAGGAAUACUUUGCAAUCUAUUUGUGAUGUCCUCACACACGUCUCAGCUGAAGACGCAAUAAUUAAUGAGUGGCUGCUUACAUUUCUGGACAAGGACUUUCCUGAACCCGUUGGGUCCAAACAUGGAUUUUCAUGGAUUUUUCAGUCCAAGACCGAAAAAGCCCUAAAAGAAAAGCAAAUUCUAUCUUGUGAAUGUGCCGCCUCCAACACCAUUUUCCUUGCACUUGGAUGAUUUUUGGAAAUGUUGGGAAAAACUCUCCAAAAUCAUGUGAUAAAUCAAAGCCAAAAAAAAAAAAAAGUCAAAAAAUCCCAAAGUACUUGAUCUAACUCUUAAGCUAAAAGGCCGAUGCCGGUCAAAACAGAAUCAGAUGAAUGUGGAAUAUGGAUCUUAUCAAAGCAGGAUCUGAAACGCACCUUAGCACGAAUGACCCCGCCCCCUGUCCCCUGCCAGUCCCCACCCCUAAACUGCGAGCGAUGUAUCUGAAAGGAUUUGAAGUGUUGGAACCCUUAAGUGUCUCGUGUUUGGCGUUGUGUCCAGUAGUAGCUGAUCCAUCUAUUAUCUAUCUCGAUAUCUUGCUGUUCUAGACCCGUUUAUGGUACUUUAGCGGCCGCACUACUCUCGGAUGGCGUUAAGGUUUCUGUUUUCUUCUUCUUCUUAGCCCCGCCUCUGUCUGUGUUCUACUAGGACUGUAGUCAUUUCGUGUUUACUGUUGAUGAUCGUUGCAGUAGUUUUACAUAGAGCACCCACAUGCUAGAUAACCCAUAUGGACAAAAGUAUUGCGACAUCUGUAACAGGAAGUGAAAAUGAACCGUGUCGUAUUGCUGGGUAGAUUUAUAGUGUUUAAAAUUGAGUAAAAAAAAAAAAGUCACAAUCCUGUUACCGCCGCAACUUGGGGCAGAGAUCUCCGCUGCCCCACACAGCAGAGAAAGGACAUGGUGAUUUGGCAGGAAUACAGUCUCACUAAGAAAAUGUAAUACAUUUAAUGAACAGUACAGUGUUUGUUAUUAAAAAUGAGUCAUUCGUUCAUUCAUUCAUGAGUGAAUUAGCGGUGUCUCAAUACUUUUGUCCACAAAGCUGAGAGAAAAUGAUCCAUCUCGCGCUUGAAGAAAUAUUAAUAUUAGUUCUGUAGCCCAGCUGCUCCUUUAUUGUGUGCAGUCCAGCAAUGGCGAUUAUUCAUACCUUCAGUAGCGCUUUCCUCGUCUUGUAAAUAUCAGGGACCAGUAUCUCCUUUGGACCGAAGUCACCCAAACAGGGCCGGGUGGUUCUGCUCCAGUAGUUCUGUUGGGCUUUUAAAGUAACAGCAUCUUGACAACGUUGAGAAGCCUUCAUCUGGCAUUUAAGAGUGGUUCUGAAAGAUAGCUGUGUGGAUUCAGAACCAUGGACAGUGCUCUUGGUCUGUCUUGCAUUGGGCCUGAGUGGUUUCCCUGCCAUGUGACUUCGGUUAUCGUAGAAAAAUCUACACCAAAAUGUUGCCUCGGUUUGCGUACAACACAUCUUGUCGUAUCACACUGGUACUUGAACACACCACCGUGACACCUACCUGAGCCUCAUUUGGUGUCAACACAAGUUUGAUCUCUCCUCAGAGAAAUAGUUGAUACCAUGACAUGGUAUAAUCCAGUGAACAGUUGAUACCAUGACAUUUUACCACGACAUCUAAUUCAAUGAACAAUUGAUAUCAUUUGAUUGAUGUUGAAACAGUCAACGUUUGAUAUCAUGACAUCAUUAUUAAAUAUCACAACAUAUCAUGAUAUCAUGACAUCUUCUAAGACAUAGUUUCCCAAACGGGUAUGUCAUUUGUCAUAGGGGGGUAUGUGAAAAAAAAACAAAAAAACAAUUAGCGCCUAACACUCACAAUUACAACUGUGUCUGAACGCCUCAUGGUGAGAGAAGACGGAUGCAGGAAGCGUUGUUCAUUAAAUAAGUCAGUUUGAAUGAUUAGUUUUUCAUCUUCAAGAACUCCUUUAUAUCAGCGAAAACCUCUCCCUGUGAGUGGAGAUUCACCCCAAAGUUAGGCUUUAUUAUUGUAUGUUUCUUUUAGAGUUGGGACACCAUGGAAAGAUGCCAGUCAGAUAAUGGACAAUUUAUACUCAACAAGCAGGAUCAAAACAGGCCAACUGCUGUCACUGCUGCGUUAGCUUUUUAGAGGAAUGGUGCAUUCAGGUGCAUCACAUAACUCCUUGGGUGGGAGUUUGAAAUCACAGCAAACACACCCACACAUGCACACGCAGUACAAAUCAUGUAAUAUUUACAAAAACAACCACUUGUUCCUGUUGCUCAUAAUAACCGUAAGACAUUCAUUCAUUCAUUUUCUACCGCUUUUUCCUCACGAGGGUUGCGGGGGGUGCUGGAGCCUAUCCCAGCUGUCUUCGGGCGAGAGGCGGGGUACACCCUGGACUGGUGGCCAGCCAAUCACAGGGCACAUAUAGACAAACAACCAUUCACACUCACAUUCAUACCUAUGGACAAUUUGGAGUCGCCAAUUAACCUAGCAUGUUUUUGGAAUGUGGGAGGAAACCGGAGUACCCGGAGAAAACCCACGCAUGCACGAGGGUGGAAUUGAACCCUGGUCUCCUAGCUGUGAUGUCUCUGCGCUAACCACUCGACCACCGUGCCGCCCAACUGUAAGACAAUGUUACAAAAAGUUUGACAUCAAUGUUAAACAAAUAGACUUUCAGACAGAUACUGCUUUGUCAUGAUUCAAUUUGGUAUCAAAUGAAUAAGCAGACUUCAACCAAAAGUGAAGCUCAAAUUCAAUCCAUUGGAGUGAAAUAAAACAUAUAUAAGACAUAUAUAAUUUAUCCAUUGAUCAGUGCUCAAUGUCUAAUUUCAUCCUAAUGUCACCAUGCAAAAUAUAAAUUUUUUUUACACCCGGAAUUACUAUCAAAUGAAUCAGCCAAUUAAUUAUUUUCAAUAUUUCAGGUUAAUUGACAUAAAAAGGAGUGCGCGAGUAGGGGGUACUUGGCUUCAGGUCAAAUGUCUGAAGGGGUACGCCACUGUAAAUAAAGUUUGGGAACCACUGAUGGUUUAUAUCCUGACAUUUUAGUUGAUAUCAUGACAUUUUAUAAUCCAGUGGACAGUUGAUACCGGUUGAUAUUAUGACAUUUUCAUUGAUAUGAUGACAUUUAAGUCGAUAUCAUGUGAAAUCUUCCCAUCCGCUCCGCAAUUGAUGUCAUGUGACAGUGAACAGUUGAUAUCUAAUCAUGACUGAAUCAUCUCUUAAUCCAGUGAUUAAUUGAUAUCAUGACAUUUCAGCUGAUGGAAUGCAGUGCUUCUCAAAUAGUGGGGUGGGUCCCGCGAUGAACUGUCAGGGGGUGGGAGUGUCUGCGAGAGGCUUUCAUGACAUAAUCAUAAAUGAUGUCAUGACUGAAUCAUAACUGAUCUUUUCUCAUCCAGCGAACAUUUGAUUGCAUGACAUCUUCUAAUCCGAUAUCAUUCAAUAUCAUGACAUCAGAACACCAUAUCCACUGCAGACGUCUGCGUUCCUCCUUUUUCUAAAGAGUGAUCAACAUGCUGCUGUUGUUGAACGCCACAUUGUUGCUAAAUGAAUGAUCGCGUAAUCAGACGUGUUGUCUUUGGUGCUGAGAUCUUUCUACUAGAAUCGAUUCCUUGUUUGUUUCUGCUGGUGUUUUGCCCUCAAACACUCCCCUGUCAACCAGACAAUAAUGACCAUGAUGGAUUUUGGCACGUGGAAGCACUCGUGAUGCACUACUUUGUACUGCCCGAUGUGAACAUGUGAUUUUGAAUUUCUUUUUUUUUUAGCUUUUAUGUGUGUGUGUGUUAUUUUUUUAAUGGAGCCCUGCAGCUUGUAUACAUUUCUUCCCAUUUGCCUUUUUUAUUCCAAACAUGCCCAACCGGUGACUCAAGUCAAUGAUGUGCAAUACGUUUCUCGUCAUAUCCUUCCAAAAGUGUUCCAAAUGAAGAAGGACGACUUUACCAGAUGAAGUAUUUCCUGUAUGUUCUUAGCUCAGUGAUGCCCCCUUGGUAGACAUCAGGGAACUACAUCACCAUGUGAACACCCAUCCACCAAUCCAUCUUCUACGUUGCCUAUCCCAAGGUCAACAUUAUUACUAUUAUUAUUAUUAUUAGUGUUCCUCAUUCACUAAAGCACAUCUGGACUCAUCCUCAUCACCCUCAUCCUCGCCUCUGUCCUUCAAGCAAUGGUGUCCGUAGAGACAACCAUCCCAUCUCCCCUUCUCUUGCAAGUUUUCAUCUGAAAAUGUUUUUUAAUUCUUUGUGGGGAAGAAAAACAAAACAUUUUUAACAAACGUUUUUUUGUUUGUUUGUUUGUUUCCGUCAUCUCUAAGCUUGAAAAAAAAAUCAGGUUUAAAAAAAAUGUCAAACUUGUUUUUGGUUGUUUCGUAAUAAAAGAAAAUCAUCCUGA